CCGCCCGGACCCCAGUCCCCGGCGGGCGGGCGGUGGAGGCGGCCGCCCCGCUCGACUGCGCUCGCCCCGCCGCAGCCGCCCAGCGCGCAGCGAUGCGCAGAGGGGCCGCGCCGCCCGGGGGCCGCCGCCGCCGCCGCCGCCGCGCCGCACCAUGAAGCUCCGCAGCAAGGCGGCGGCGCUGCUCCUGCUCGCGCUGGCCGCGCUGCUGCUCGCGCUGCUGUCCCUGCGCGCCGGCCGCGCCGAGCCCCCCGCGCCGCCCGCGCGUCCCGCGGCCGCCCCGCAGCGCCGCCCCGCGCCGGCCCCCGCGCGCCUCCCCGGCCCCGGCCCCUUCCUGGGGGCCGCCGGCCCGCGCGCUAGGCGCCGCCGGCCCCCGCGCCCGCGCCCCCGAGCCGGCCGCCGGGGCGCCGCGAGCCUGGAGAAGUUGGCGAGGAGGCCUGGAGAACUCAGAAGUUUCCAGGCUGUGCUGCCUCGAGAGCUCUGGAUCCACUUGGCUGUGGUGGCCUGUGGCAACCGGCUGGAGGAGACACUGGUCAUGCUCAAAUCAGCCGUACUCUUUAGCCACAGGAAGAUGCAGUUCCACAUCUUCACGGAAGACUCUCUGAAGCCCGAGUUUGAUAAGCAGUUACGGCAGUGGCCUGACUCGUAUACAAAGAAGUUUGAGCACCGAAUCUACCCCAUCACAUUUUCGGUUGGAAACCCUCAGGAAUGGAAGAAAUUAUUCAAACCGUGUGCUGCCCAGAGGCUCUUUCUUCCGGUAAUUUUAAAGGAUGUGGAUUCCCUUCUAUAUGUGGACACCGACGUUCUCUUUCUGAGACCUGUCGAUGACAUCUGGAAGCUUCUGAGGCAGUUUAAUGCCACCCAGCUUGCAGCCAUGGCCCCGGAACAUGAAAUCCCCAAGAUUGGCUGGUACAGCCGCUUUGCUCGGCACCCUUACUAUGGCUCUGCAGGAGUUAAUUCAGGAGUCAUGCUGAUGAAUUUAACUCGUAUAAGAAGUGCCCAGUUUAAGAACAGCAUGAUUCCAGCAGGCUUGGCUUGGGAGGACAUGCUAUACCCUCUGUACCAGAAGUACAAGAAUGCCAUCACGUGGGGAGACCAGGACUUAUUAAAUAUUAUUUUUUAUUUCAAUCCAGAGUGUCUCUACGUGUUCCCCUGCCAGUGGAACUACCGCCCCGAUCACUGCAUGUACGGCAGCAACUGCAAAGGAGCUGAGCGGGAAGGCGUGUCUGUUCUGCACGGGAACCGAGGUGUCUACCACGAUGAAAAGCAGCCAACGUUCAAAGCCCUCUAUGAAGCGAUACGGGAUUUUCCCUUUCAAGACAAUCUCUUUCAAUCCAUGUAUUACCCUCUCCAGCUGAAGUUUUUGGAGACUGUGCACACUUUAUGUGGACGAAUCCCACAAGUGUUUUUGAAGCAAAUCGAGAAAACAAUGAAAAGGGCUUAUGAGAAACACGUCAUCAUCCAUGUGGGCCCCAACCAGAUGCACUGAAUAGUUUUCAUAUUGUCGCAAGCGGAGUGGACAUCUCGAGAACAAGGACAUGUCCAUCUUUAAGCUGCCUGGAUCUCUUUCGUGUGAAUAUUUAAUGGUGCUCUGUGACAACUGAGUUUUAAAAGCUUCGUUAAAUGUUGCUGAAUUCGUUGCCCUUAAAAGGAAAUGUGCUUUCAUUUUUUCAAAAAUGGUAUUUAUCUCUCUCUUUUUAAAAAAAAAAAUGAUGACACACUUAGCAUUGUUUAAGCAGGUUGAGCUAGCUGUGAAAAGGAACUUUUGUGAGCCUUCCAGUUCCUGUUCAGUGUCUGAGACAGUGUCGGAGGCAUCUCGUAUUGUAUAUUUAUCUAGUAUUCUUGAGACUCUUUCGAUGUAAAUGACCCCCCCAACCCUUCUUGUAAAAGUAAAACAUGCUUGUUCUUAAGCAGAAAAAUGUUCAAAAGUUGUACAAGGUAGGGGCCUUUGGGUAGCUCAAUCAGUUAAGUGUGUGACU